AUGUGUACGCGCAGUGUCAUCGAAUACCGCUGCAAGCACCAGGUCUCCAGAGGGAACACACGGUGCUAUCGCGACGACUGCCCCGGCCCGAGAGACGAGGUUGCAUAUGACUCGGAGGACUGCCCGCAAUGCGAAGGCAACAAGAGAGUCCACUCUGCUCGAUGGUGCCCCAUGGGCUGCGCGUGUAAAUGCGUCGUCAUGUAG